AUGUCACCCUGCCCCUUGUCCCCACUCCCUGAUCCUCCUCCCCGCUUCCGCCCCACGAUCCCCGAGGACGCGCUCUGGCUGUCUUCCCCAAGUCCCCUCCGGAGUGGGGAGAGGGUGCGCGCAGUAGCACCCGCGUCUGGAACCCCAGAGAGCCCCGCCCGUGCCCGGAGCCUCUCCGGGCUCUGGGUGCGGGCACAGGGGGUGGGGUCUCCGCUGCCACCGCCCCUUACCUCGCGCGGGCCCUCCCCGCAGGUCCCGGAGGCGGGGGCGACCGGUGGCCCCAAAGAUGAGCGCGGGGCUGGGUUUCACCGCCCGGGAGGAGCAAGAGGAGGAGGAGGAAGAGGAGGAAGGGGGAGAAAGGAGGGGAGGGGAGGGGAGAGGAGAGGAAAGAGGAGGAGGGGAGGGAAGGGCUUUGUGUUUGCCUCGGGCCGUCCCUCGGCAGUAGGGAGCCAUCCCCCUCCCCCAGCCACCUUCCAGAGCUCGCAGAGGGGAUGGGGCGAGGGUGAUCGGAUCGGAGGCAGCGACCAAGGCGCCUGCGCGACCCCAGGUCCGGCCCAUCCCUCCACUCCCUCUUACCGCAAGCCCCAGCCCCUCCUGACAACCAGCCGCUACGCUUACCCGGUUACAAGGAACCCACGCUGCAACCAGGAAAAACUGCCAUCAGAAAGUUUAUCUAAGCCGGAGCAAACUUGGCUGGACCGGCCCCUGACCCGCCUUGACGCCGCCGCCCCCGUCUUCUGCGCUCCCCGGCCAGACAGUAGCAGAGGAGACUUGGAUGUCAUUGGUGUUGCUUUUCGUGAUUCCUGCCUUCUAAAAUCCCAAGACUUAUUUAUCGUUUAUCAUCAGCUCAGAUCCCGGGAAAACAGCCCCCUGCACUUCUGUUUCUGCUCCAAGACACCCAUUAAAUAAAUAAUUGAACACC